CCUCCCAAACUCUCAAAUCCCCCCCUCCCAGCAAAAAAUAAAAAGUUCCUAUUUUUCUCGCCAAAGUGAACUCUCGAUCCUCAAAACCAAAGGCAAACAGAGAUUUCUUUGAGGUUUUUUUUUCUCGGGAAAAUGUCCGCGGGGCUUGGAAAAUGCAGCAAAAUCCGCCACAUUGUGAGGCUUAGGCAAAUGCUGCGGCGGUGGAGGAACAAGGCUCGGAUGUCAGCGGGCCGCAUCCCGUCCGAUGUGCCGGAGGGACACGUGGCGGUCUGUGUUGGGAUGAGUUGCAGGAGAUUCGUUGUGCGCGCGACGUACCUAAACCAUCCCGUCUUCAAGAAACUGCUUGUGCAAGCCGAGGAGGAGUACGGCUUCACCAACCAAGGCCCAUUGGCGAUCCCCUGCGAUGAGUCCGUUUUCGAGGAAGUGAUCCGGUUUAUUUCCCGGUCGGAGUCGGGUCACUCGGCAAGGUUUGUGAACUUGGAGGACUUUAAAGGGAACUGCCACGUGGGAAUCAGGAGUCAGCUUGAUUUGUGGACCGAAUCUCGACCGUUACUUCAUGGGUUCGCAGAGAAAACAAUCUGGUAAUUAAAGACGCAGUGGAAAUAGAAAGGAGAGAGGCUUUGAUUCUGACCCGGGGUUUUUGACUCAGUUCCGAGUUAGCUCGAGUGAACAAUUAAUUAUACACACUGCUGGAGUCAGUGAGUUUGCCCAGUUGAUGAGUUGGUUACUAAUUCGUGGGUAUUUACUUACCAUGGUAAAAAAAAGGUAAGUUAGUGGGGGUUUUCCUUUUUCUUUUUUUUUUCUUUUGUGCCCUUUAUCGAAAAUUGCUUGUAAUUGGUUAAAAAUUGGGGCGUAAAAUGAGCUGAGUCAAUGUAUAUUAACUCCGGAGAAUGCACGGAGAUGGCAGAAAAAUGGUGGGUGAGUUAUCCACCGAGUCGUCCCGGGUUCGAAUCGGAGUGGAGGCCAAAAAAAAAAAGGUUGAGACUUUGAGACACAUGAAUUCAUGAAGAAGAAACAAAGAAAAACAAAAAAAGAAGUGAUUGGUUGUAAAUUCUGUGAUUUAUUGAUUGAAUGAAAGAAUUGUAGAGAUAUUCCAUCAAUGAUUUCCACUA